CGCUGCUGCUUCUUUUCCUGCGGUGCGGGAGGGAGAGCACGCUGCUGCCAACCCAAUCGCAGCUCUGAUGAAGUGAUGGAUUUCUCUAUUAUUUCCUAUGAGCAAUCUGGAGAGGAGGGAGGAAAAAAUGGCGUCAAAAGUAACCAGGAAGUCCUGAUCCAGACAAGGGGAAUGUCUGAACUGAUCGUCACGCCUCUUCCUGGCUUUCCUUAAAGAGUCGAAAUGGGCUGCUAAGCAACAAGGCGACGUUCUCAGCGGAUGGUUUAAUAAGAGGGCCUUGGCAGGCAAAUCUUCAUGAAGAUUUAGGACGGGGAGGAGGAAAAUGAAAGUUACAGACCACUGCCUCAACUCUGAAGGGGCCGAUGUGAUUCUAGCAACGUCAAGUGAUGAAAAAUACCCUCCAGAAAACAUCAUAGAUGGACGAUCCGAAACCUUUUGGACAACGACUGGGAUGUUUCCACAGGAAUUUAUUAUUUGUUUUCAUAAACGAGUAACCAUCAGCAAACUCACAAUCCAGUGUUAUUUAGUGCAGACAUUACGGAUUGAAAAAAGUGUGUCUAGAGAUCCAGUCGACUUUGAACAGUGCAUUGAAAAAGAGCUGCAAUAUAAAGAAGGGGAGCUUCAAACAGAAGAAUUUUCUUUUCCUGAGAUCCAAGCUACAUACUUGCGAUUCAUGAUUUUGUCCGCUUAUGAUGCUUUUGUAUCUGUUCAUAGGGUGAUAGCUGAAGGAAGAGCAGCACAAGAUAUUUCAAUCCAAACCUAAUAUUCUGAUUGCAACAUAAUGAAUAUUAUAUUGGUUUCUGCAAUAUUGGUUUCUGCAAUAUUGAUUGUGUAAUCCCAGCAUUAAAACAUCUUUUGUAAAUGG